AACGCUGCAGACUUAAAUCAGUCCUACUCAAGGAUGCAUCUCAAACUCUUUUCUCUUCUUCUGGUUCAGGGGACUGGAGUACUGAGCAUCAACUGGGAGAACAUUAAACCAAAAUAUCCAACUGUAGAACCCGUAGAUCUUAGUUCCCUUGAUGAGCAUGUUCUGCAGAACAUUAUCCAGAUGGGACCUCCAGCUGCAGAACAGUAUCCAGGAUAUAAGAAAGGAAACAACGUGUUCUCUGAUGUGUGUGGAAGACCAGCUAAGGAUGAAAGGAUAGUUGGAGGAGAGGAGGCUACCCCACAUACUUACCCAUGGAUGGCAGCACUGUUUGUUGACGAUUCUUGGUUUUGCGGUGGAUCCCUGGUAUCCGAUGAAUGGGUUCUUACUGCUGCUCAUUGUGCUCAUGAUGCCACUGAGAUGGUUGUUAUGCUUGGAGCUCACAAUGUCAGAGAAGCAUCUGAAGAAGGAAGAAUUGAGUUGACAACUAGAGAUUUCUUUACUCAUCCCAAGUACAGCACCAUUACACUGCAUAAUGAUCUUGCUCUUGUUCAUCUUCCAACUAAGGUUAACUUCACCUCUAAUAUUAUGCCUGUAUGUCUUCCAUCCCACUCUGAAGCUGAGGAGGUGUGGGCUCAUGAACUAGCAGAGGCUAGUGGUUGGGGUAAACCUAAUGACGAGGCGACCUCCAUCAGUCCAGUACUGAGACAUGUUGAUGUUGAUACAAUCACCAACCUGGCCUGCGCUCUACAGUUCCCCACUGUUGUCAAUAAGAACAUUAUCUGUAUAUCAGGAAAGAAUGGGAAAUCAACUUGUAACGGUGAUAGCGGUGGUCCUCUUCAUCUAGUCACUGAUGGUGUUUACAAGCAGAUCGGAAUAACCAGCUUUGGUUCAUCUCUUGGAUGCGAGAUUGGUAUGCAUGCUGGAUUCACUAGGCCAGCUUCUUUCCUAGAGUGGAUUGAAACUGAGACCAACAUUCAAAUUGAUCCUUAGAUCAGGCUGCAAAUCUUUAAAUUUGAAUAGCAUGGUGUAUAGUAAACCUUGUAUUAUUUUCAAAUAAAUGAUUACAGUUCUUUUAAA